UUUUAAGCAACUGCAUUUUGUAUUGAUUCUGGAUAAUACAUUUUUUAUAACUCCAAAUUUACCCUUUUAAUUCAAUAUAUAGUUUACAUACUAUUCUGCUUAUAAAUAUAGUAAAGAUAGUUUCCAAUCAUAGCCGCUAUACCAAAUAUCAAUGGCCAUCAAAAUUGUAGAGCUUUGGUCCGUCUCACCGACUGACGGCGGCGCCGCCGAGCAAACGCUCCCACUUGUAUAUUUUGACAUGAUAUGGCUUCACUCUCCUCCCGCCGAUACCCUCUAUUUCUACGAUUCCAAAUACUCGGAAUCUUAUUUCUUCAACACGGUUGCCGUAAAACUCAAACACUCCCUCUCCAUCGCUCUCAAAUAUUUUCUGCCAUUCGCAUCAAACAUCAUCUUCCCCCUCACCUCCCCCGCCAUGCCCCUUUCCCGAUACACCGCCGGAGACUCCGUCGCCCUCACAAUCGCCACGUCCGAUGCCGACUUCGCCAAUCUCACGUCGAAUCGUUCUAGGGUUGCCGACGAAUUCCAUCAAUUCGUCCCGGAAAUGCGGCCGGCGGUUUAUUCCUCCGACGACGUCAAAUUCAGCGCCAUCGCUAUUCAAGUGACCUUGUUUCCGAAUAAGGGCAUCUGCAUCGGCUUCAGAGACCAUCACGCCGUAUGCGACGCCGCAAGCCUCUUCGGCUUCUUGCGCACAUGGGCGUCCAUCCACAAAUCCAACGGCGACACAAAUUUAGCCCAAGAUUCGCUGCCCUUCUACGACCGAAGUCGUGUUCAAGAUGCCAGCAAACUCGCCUCAGUUAUUUGGGAGCAAGUGAAGGCGAGUAGACCCACUGUUUUACAAACCAAUUCUUUGCCUUUACAUAAAGUCCGAGCAAGUUUCAUCCUAAGCGAUGCAGAAAUCAAGAAACUCAAGAAGUUUGCCAAGAUGAAGAAUCCCAGCGCAUCGACUUUCGUGGUGGUGUGCGCCCAUCUCUGGAGCUGCCUAGCCGAGUCCGCGGCUGCUGCCGGAGAGGAGGUGGACGACAACGAGACCGAGUACUUAACUUCUGCGGUGGAUUGCCGCGCGCGGCUUAAUCCGCCAUUGCCGGAUACUUACUUCGGCAACUGCUUGGUAUUCCUGCGGGCAAGAUCCAGUCAUGGAAGGCUGAAAGGGGAUGGUGGCUUUGCAGCAGCUGUGGAGGCGAUCGCUGCUGCAGUUCGCGAGGCUGUGGAUGGAAACGGCGGCAGAGGGGUCUUGGAUGGUUUCGAGAAUCAGCUGCAAAGUGAUGUGGAGUUGAAGGGGAAGCGCGUGACUCGGAUAGCAGGAUCACCAUGGCUAGAUCCUUGCGGAGCAGAUUAUGGAUGGGGAAGAUCAAUCAAGUAUGAAGGUGUUCAUACAGAUUAUGAUGGAGCAGUUAAUCUUUGUAUGGCGCCAAGAGGUGGAGGAGUCGAGGUCGGCUUGUCCAUGCCAAAGCUUAAAAUAGAUGCUUUUGCAGCUAUCUUUAAGGAAAAAAUAUUCAUCAAUAGCAACUUGUGACAGUCGUCUACUUGUGUGUGUAUAUAUAUAUAUAUAUAAAUCUGUUCGUUUUUAUUUUA